ACACAUCGCAUUGUGCAUCAGCUGAUUAGAAGGUUGAGUUUUACCUUGUGUGGUAUGUUAGACUUAACAGUCUAGUUAUUUUCACCAUUAAAAUAGAUUAUAAUACAAUUCAAGUUCGAUGAUUGAUCUGGUCAGUUUAUUUAGUGUUCUUGGAUCUUUAAUAACACUUGCUUUUGUGAUUCUAAUCAUAUGGAGAGGUCGAAGAACUAGUUAUGCCAGUGUAGAAGACUUGGAUGAAGAUGAAGAAAGUAAACGUCGACCUGUUCGUGGUGUUCCUGUUCCAAGGCCUGGAUCAAGUGGUGAUGCACCCUUUCGUAAAGUAAGGAAUCGUCGCCCUGUUCGUGGUGGAGGUCGAUCAGAAAGAUCUGGCCCUGCUGAUGAUGACCAGUUUGAUCAACCUCCGGAGUUUGUUAACCGAGCAGGCGAUGAAGAAGAUGAUGAUGAUGAAGAUAGUUGUGAUGGAAACGAUGGAGACAUGGAUAGAGAGCCUAAUGUUCCUGAAGGUAAAAUUGGUGCUAAAAAGAGACGAAAGUUGGAGAUGAAAGCAGAGAAAAAAAUGGCCCGUGAACGCGAACUACAAGAGAGGGAAGAACGUAAACAAAGACAAGCAAUGUUGGAUGAAGAGAGAAGGAAAAAGGAGGAAGCCGAGAAGGAAGAAGAAAAGAAACGAGAAGAAGAGGAAAGAAAAAUUCGAGAAGAAAAAGAAAGACAAGAACAUGAAGAAUAUCUAAAGAUGAAGCAAGCAUUCGAAAUUGAAGAAGAGGGAUUCGAUUUGGAUACAGAUGAAACCGAGCAAUCGAAUAAAUUAGCUGCUUUCAUCCAGUUCAUCAAAGAUGAGAAAGUUGUUUUAUUGGAAGAUCUUGCUGGUACUUUUCAGAUGAAAACACAAGAUGCCAUAAAUCGCUUAAAUUUACUUUUAGAGGACCAACAAUUGACUGGAGUUAUCGAUGAUAGAGGAAAAUUCAUCUAUAUUACUCAAGAUGAGUUAGGAAAUAUAGCCAAAUUCAUUCGUCGUAGAGGUCGAGUGGCUAUAAGUGAACUAGUGGAAAAUAGUAAUCAACUUAUUAAAAUGAAAGCCUGAAAUGUCAAGUUGAUUUUUUUAAUUUUAAUGAAAAAUAUUUGUUGAUCCAUUUUUCCGUAUAUCAAUCAAAAUUUCAUACAUUUGAAAAUUAAAAUACUAAUGUAUAACGUA